GGACCAUAUCGGUGAACACGUUACGUACACCAUAUACUGCACCAGGGGAAAGUGAAAUCCUUGACUUGGACGAUGACUUGUAUCUUGGAGGCUUACCAGAAAAUAAAGCAGGCCUGGUGUUUCCAACAGAGGUGUGGACAGCGCUUCUCAAUUACGGAUACGUCGGCUGCAUUAGAGAUUUAUUUAUUGAUGGUCAAAGCAAAGAUAUUCGACAGAUGGCUGAAAUUCAAAGUACAGCUGGAGUAAAACCUUCAUGCUCAAGAGAAACUGCGAAACCUUGCCUUAGCACCCCCUGUAAAAACAACGGUGUGUGCAGGGACGGCUGGAACAGAUACGUUUGCGAUUGCUCUGGGACAGGGUACCUUGGCAGAUCGUGCGAAAGAGAGGCAACAAUUUUAAGCUAUGAUGGAAGUAUGUUUAUGAAAAUCCAACUCCCUGUUGUGAUGCACACAGAGGCCGAAGAUGUUUCUUUACGAUUCAGGUCCCAGCGAGCUUAUGGCAUUUUAAUGGCAACUACUUCUAGGGAAUCCGCAGAUACCCUUCGUUUAGAGUUGGAUGCAGGACGAGUUAAACUAACGGUCAACCUAGACUGUAUCAGGAUUAACUGUAAUUCCAGCAAAGGUCCAGAAACCCUUUUUGCUGGCUAUAACCUCAAUGAUAAUGAGUGGCACACAGUGCGUGUGGUUCGGCGAGGAAAAAGUUUAAAGUUAAUGGUGGAUGACCAGCAGGCCAUGACAGGUCAAAUGGCUGGUGAUCACACGCGACUGGAAUUCCACAACAUAGAAACAGGAAUAAUAACAGAACGGCGCUACCUGUCUUCUGUGCCUUCCAAUUUCAUUGGGCAUCUCCAGAGUCUUACAUUUAAUGGCAUGGCAUACAUUGACUUAUGUAAAAACGGAGACAUCGAUUAUUGUGAGCUAAAUGCAAGAUUUGGGUUCAGGAACAUCAUAGCAGACCCUGUAACCUUUAAAACAAAAGCAAGUUACAUUGCGUUGGCCACGCUACAAGCAUAUACAUCUAUGCACCUUUUUUUCCAGUUCAAAACCACCUCUCUGGAUGGAUUGAUACUCUAUAACAGUGGCGAUGGAAAUGAUUUCAUUGUGGUUGAAUUAGUAAAAGGGUAUUUACACUAUGUGUUCGACUUGGGAAAUGGUGCAAAUCUCAUCAAAGGAAGUUCUAAUAAACCUCUGAAUGACAACCAGUGGCAUAAUGUGAUGAUAUCACGGGAUACCAACAAUCUCCACACUGUAAAAAUUGACACCAAGAUCACAACACAGAGCACAGCCGGAGCCAGAAAUCUAGAUCUCAAAA